GUUCUCGUGGGGAUUUAACUCCAUCCUGCACACACAAAUAAAACAAGCUAACCGACGCGAAGUGCCAAACGACUAAACUAUUACUCUCACUAGUUAAUUGCACAGUUACCACAGUUAGUUUUUACCCAGUUAAGAGAGAGAGAAAGAGACCACCCGCGCGGUUGGCAAAAAUAUUUACACUAGCUACUAAAGGAGGAUCAGCAGGAAAAAAUGGGUAAAGCUCAGAGCAAGCGUUCAAUCGACAUCACCACCGAUCCCAAGAAGGUCGGAGAGGGCGAUGAGGUCGCCGGUAAGGUGGAGAAAAUCGAUGUAGACCAGAAGACGGACGCGCCGGCUGUGAACGGAGAUGCUGCCACGCCCAAAGAGGGUGGUGAUGAAGCGGCGGCGGUAGAGAAAAAGGAAACAGAGGAGCAUUCUGAGAACGACAAAGAUCUGACCACCGAAAAGAAUGCCGCAGCCGCUGAAGGUGGCGAUGCGGCUGCUGAAACGGCGAAGGGCGAGGAGGGAUCGCCCAAGGAGGCUGCUGCUGGUGAGGAUAUCACUCCACUGGCAGACGAAAGCAUCAAGUCCAAGUCCAAGAAGGACAAGGUGAAGAAGAAGUGGUCCUUCCGAAGCAUCUCCUUUGGCAAGAAGGACAAACAGAAACCUGCCAAGUCGGAGGAGGCUACGUCGCCCACCUCUGGCACAACGUCGCCCACGACGGCCGAAGCAGAGGCAGCUCCAUCUGCAGAUGCAGCUUCCGCAGAACCAUCGGUCGCUACAAAUGGCGAGGCUGAAAAGCCAGCUGAGAGUGCCACUGCCACCAGCGAGCCGGCGUCCAAGGAUGAGAAGCCCGCCGAGAACGGAUCGGCGACCGAACAGGAGAAACAAGCCAAUGGAGAAGCCGAAAAGGCGGCGCCAGCCCCUUCCAUAGUUGAGGAAGCGGCGAAGCCCAAGCCCGCCGAGGAACCAGCCACAGUCACAGCCACCGAGUCGAACACCACUGCCACCGAAGAAGUACCCGUGAAAGAGAGCCAGCCAGAGCCCGAAGUGGUUACCAAUGGACAUGGAGCCGGAGAGGCGCUGACCAACGGAUCAAGCAACGGACUGGCCGAGUCCCCAGUGACCGAGACAGCACCUAUCGCUGACAACAUUCCGAGCAACGUUGAUGACGAGCAGCCGCACCAGAAUGGCACCAAUGGCACCACCACGCCCCCGCCCACUCCUGUGGCCACGGAGAUCGAGAAGGGACAGCAAAUUGAGGCCAGCAGUGAAGUGAUUGAAACAGUGACCCCCAGCCAAGCGGAAGAGGAAGUUGUGGCAGCAAUCAUCAAGGCGGUUAGCAGCGAACUUGAAGCCGAAACGGAGACUGAAACGGAGGCCGAGGGAUUCGUGGUUGUUGCUUCUGUGUCCACCGAAGUCGAAGUCCCCGUUUCCAUUUCCCCUGUUAAACCCGUGGCUGAGGUUUCCCAAGUGGAAACUGAACCGGUGGUUGAAAUUCCCGAAGUUGAAGCAAAGUCCGUAGCUGAAACUGAAUCCGUACCAGAAGUUUCUGAAGUGCAAACUGAACAGGUGGCCGAAGUUGCCGAAGUUGAAUCUGAAUCCGUUAUUGUGGAGACGAGAAGCAGCAGUCCGCCACCUCCAUUGCCCAAAUCCCCGCCUCCGUCUCGUGUCUCCGCAUUUGUGCUUUCCGAGGAUGUUAUCGAGGAGCAGGUUACCCCGAACGUCCCUGAAGUAAACGAAAUAAAGUCGGAUGAGAUCGAACAACAGGCUAUCAGCAUGGUGGCUGAAAUCACCGAACAGGCAGCUGAAAUUGUCACCGAAAAAGAGAAACAAGAGGAGGAACCCAAGGUGGAUUCUGUUCCCGAACCGGUUGAGGAAUCCACCUCCACGGUUGAAGUUGAGGAGUCCACCUCCACGGUUGCAGUUGAGGAACCCACCUCCACGGUUGAAGUUGAGGAAUCCACCUCCAAGGUUGAAGUUGAGGAAUCUACCUCCACGGUUGAAGUUGAGGAAGUUUUACCAGUUCCCUCUCCUACUGCCGAUGAGGUCCAAAAAACUUUUGAUGAUCAAGCUACACCCGACGAAGAAGAGUCUUUCCCAGUUCCAGCUUCCAUUGAUCCUGCGGACGGAAACGAUUAUGUUGCGGUUACAGAAUCUGUAGAUUUUGAAGUCCAGAAAGAAACGGUUAGCAUCAGCUCCAACGGUGUUGAACCUUCUGCAGUCUCCGACGACGAGGCGGCGAUCGAGAAUAAGGAUGAAAUCCUCCAAGAACAGCCAUCAGCUGUUGAGGAAACCACCGAACAAGAACAGCAAGUUAUAUCCGAGGAGACGCAUAGCGAUAACGAUAAGGAGAAUGAAAUCGACCUGGUUGAAAACAUCAUUAGCGAUCUGGAUGCCCCGAUUACCAAAACUGGUGGCGAUCUGCUGGUAGAGUUGGAUGUGAGACCCACGGAACAGGAGGGCGAGAGCAACAACAAGGUGGAUCUCGCCAAGGAUCUGAAGGAGAAGAAUGCCGCCGCGGCAGACGUUACAACACAGGAACAACUGCCCGUUACAUGCGAAUAAUCCUACUCAUAAUUAUUAUAUAUAAUAUUACAUAUUAUUAAAAACAAAACAACAAACGAUACAAGCAACAACAAAAGAACGCAACGUAAAACAACAAACAAUUACAAGAUAAACGAGAUAAAAACAAAACAAAAAACAAGUAAAAAUACAUUUUUAAACAUUUACAUAUUUUAAACAAUUUUUGUACGAACUUCAUAUCCCUAAUCCAAGAUAUACGCAAGCAAAAGUCCGAGUUACACGUAACACCACCAUCCACGCCACCACUGCAACCUAUGCAAAUACACCCCACUCAAACACCCACGCGCAGGCAUCAAUAGUUUUUUAUUGGUGCCUCUGAAUUCCAGAUCGGGUUAAGCCCCCAAAACACAUCCAACACCCAUCAAGCACACAUCCACCACACAUGCGCAUACAUACCAUUCUCAUAUUGAUGAUCUUGAUAGAGAAAGAAUCAACAAAUCAUAUACGAUGAAAAAGAUGAAAGUGAGGAGAAUUU